UUUUGUUUUUGUUUGUACAAACACGUCUCCGAGGGAAAGGCAGAUUGCUGGCAGAUUUCAGUCAUGCUUAUUUUCCUGAUCUUUUCAGGACUUUGUGCUCUUCCCUUCACACUAAGUCAAUGCCAGAAUGGUUGGUCCCAGUUUGGAUCUCGCUGCUUUAGUGUCUUCACAACAUCAGCUAACUGGUUAGCCUCUGAGCAAAACUGUGUGAACAUGGGAGGACAUCUUGCAUCUGUGCACAGCAGUGAAGAGUACACUUUCAUCCGGGCUUUAGUGCUGAAUGUAACUUCAUCAAAUUCACGAACAUGGCUAGGAGCGACUGAUGCUGUACAGGAGGGAGUGUGGGUGUGGACAGAUGGCUCAGCAUUCGAUUACAUUAACUGGUCUACUGGACAACCUGAUAAUGCUGGAUCUGCAGAGAACUGUAUGGAGAUGAAUUUUCCAGUGAACUGGAAUGAUGUAACCUGUAACUCACUUUUCCCAUCAGUGUGCGCCAAAACAAUCACCACAACAACUGUUCCCUCCACAACUGUUCCCUCAACUGCUGUUCCCUCAACUGCUGUUCCCUUGACCACUGUUCCCUCAACUACUGUUCCUUCAACAACUGAACCUGGGAAUGUGAUGGUCCUGCGACUCAAAGUGAUUUCAAAUAAAGACUUGGCGGCAUCCAACAGUUCACAGCUGCUCCUCCAACAGCUCAAAGGGAAGUUGAUAGACGAAGGACUGCCAAACAACUUCACUCUUCGUUUGAGGUCCAUUAACAAGAAAUCACCCUAGAAUGAAGGUGGUUGUAGGAACAUGAAAAUGACUUAUAUUUACUCUAAAUACUCUUAGCAAUUAGUAAAGAGAAAUCAAUAUAGAAUCAACAUAAUGUUGUUGUUUUUAAAGAGAUUUCUAAAAAUGGCCAAAUCAAAUAAUUUAAUAAACUUUAGUUGCUUGAAACUUACAUAAAACUAAAUUGCACCUAAGUUGCAUAAUGUAAAAAACACAUUUGCCACUCACACUGGCUUUUUUACCAGGGCAAAUUACAGUCAAAGUUGUUCAGUUGUUUUUUCUGUGGGGCUAUGUCAUGUUAUGAAUCGCUACCGCCAUAUUUAAAUAUUAGAUAUUACCUUUAAAUAUUAGAUAUUAUAUAAAUAGCACGGCUACACCAUCACACAAGCAGUGAAAUUCACUGGUAAUACUCCCUUAUGAAUCAGUAAACAAGUUACCGCCAUGCCAUUCGCUCCUGACACCACACUAAAUCUGGCACUGUGUUUUAUGAAUCUGGCCCAAUUUCCUUUCUGUAAAAAUCACUGCAAUGUGAUACAAACCUAUUAUAUCAAAGCUUAAAAAAGCUUAAACCAUCUCAGUGGACAGUUAGAAUCCAUGAACUGAAAACUGAAAAACAAAAACACAACCUAUUGUUUUUCUAAGCUGUAAAUGUUCAGAAUGUCACAAGAAGGCUAUUCUAUGUCUGCACAGGGAGAUUCUAGGAGUCGCCACCAGAGGCUCCUGUUUUCCAGGUGUUAGUCUUAUCACAGUCUCUAACUGUUGGCCUCUAAUCAUUAUUAACAUCUGUUGUUGAUUGACUACCUGUUGUUUAAACUCUGUUCUCUACCUGGACUCUCUGUGAAAUACUGCUCGUCUCCAGAGUGUAAUUAAGCCAUUAUGCGGAUGCUUUAUUUUGAUUUGUUUUGACUGUCAGAAUUGAGUUCUUUUCUGUUGUUUGACUCAUCCAGAAUAAAACUGCUCUUGGCUCUUA